GGGCGGACUGGCGUGCGUUUGCUGCUGUACUUCCUUCUGAAAAGUUUGCGACUUUUUAAAGAGCUUUUGACCGGCUGCGUAGUGCUGCCAGACGUCAGGUAUCUGGAGUAUUUACGCACAUCUCCUGUGUCGCAGUGAGCCGAGUUAGAGUUAAAUAACAAUUUUUUUAAAGGAGGAACCUACUGUACAAGGUGUGUCUGGAGAUUUUGAAAAUGAAAGUUUAAAAAAAAAAAUGCUUUCUGUUUGUUUUUUAAAGACAAAGUUGAGUCUGAAACUUGAGCGACACUAUGCUGGGGAAUGGUCGAGUGUACGCGGUGAAGAGCAGGAAGAAGCCCGUUCAGAAAAGUGUGAAGCCUCCGCCCUCGAAGACCAAUCCGUCUAAACGCCACCGGGACCGUCUGAACGGAGAGCUGGAAUGCCUCAGCAGCAUGCUGCCGUUCUCCGACGAGUUCAGAAGUCACCUGGACAAACUCUCUGUGCUCCGGCUCAGUGUGGGAUACCUGAAGGUUAAGAGUUACUUCCACGCUGCGCUCCAGAAGCACGCUAGGCCGGCUCCUCUUGCGUCUGCAAACGGCAGAAGUGGCCCGUCGGUGUCUCUGGAUGGAGUCAGGUUCUCAGAGGGGGAACUGCUUCUCCAGGCUUUAAAUGGCUUUGUGUUGGUCGUGACGAGCGACGGCACGAUCUUUUACGCUUCCCCGACCAUCCAGGACUUCCUCGGCUUCCAUCAGUCAGAUGUGGUCCAGCAGAGCGUUCAUGAGCUCGUCCACGUGGACGACCGAGAGGAGUUCAGGUGUCAGCUCCACUUCGCCCUCAACCCCGGCGACACACACUCAGACAGCAGAGCACAAGAUGGGCAGUCGAGCAGGAAAGCUGCGAGCAGCUCUACGAGCAUGUUGCCUCAGUACAUCCCUCCAGAGAACUCCUCUUUCAUGGAAAGAAGCUUCUGCUGUCGCCUUCGCUGCCUCCUGGACAACACCUCUGGGUUCCUGGCUCUAAACUUCAACGGACGUCUGAAGUACCUCCAUUUGCAGAGAAACCCUGGGGCAGAUGGGAGCGCUGCUCCUCCUCAGCUGGCUCUGUUUGCCAUCGCCACUCCUCUGCAGCCUCCUUCAGUCAUGGAGAUCCGGACUAAGACUCUCAUCUUCCAGACUAAACACAACAUGGACUUUGCUCCUGUGGGCAUAGACGCCAGAGGUAAACUGGUUUUAGGAUAUUCUGAGACAGAGUUGGUCACAACAGGCUCGGGCUAUCAGUUCAUCCACGCUGCUGACAUGAUGUACUGCGCCGACAACCACCUUAAGAUGAUGAAGACUGGAGACAGCGGCUUCACCUUCUUCAGGCUGCUGAUCAAAACAGGACACUGGUUGUGGGUUCAGGCCAACGCCAGGGUCGUCUUCAAGGACGGAAGACCAGACUUCAUCAUCGCUCGUCAGAAAGCCCUCACAAACGAAGAAGGAGAGGAACACUUGCACCAGAGAAGAAAGCAGCUCCCUUUCAACCUCACCACCGGAGAAGGUGUCCUGUACGACGUUUCUCUGGAAUCCAUCACUGGUCCCUCUGGCUCAGGUGCGCCGGGCCCCACAGUGCCCGCAACAGAGAAACCUUUGGACCCCGCCUCCCUCCUGGGAUCCCUUCUCAGGCAGGACCAGUCUGUUUACACCCAGCCACCUAAACCCAGUCCCCCCCUCCCAAUCUUCACUCAAAUAGGGGACCCUGAUUUUGAACAACCGCAGUCGUCCUUGGAGCAAGCCUUCCUGGACAGCCACGCUCUGCUCAGCGUGCCGAGCCAGAUCCAGGCGUCACAGAAGAGGUCUGUCAAGGGGGACCGCACAACAGAGGCCAUGAUUGACUCGUUGGAGCAGAUUUUGGGGGAUAUUGGGGAUGGAGGGAUAGAGGGUCUUGAAGUUGAGGAGAGAGAGCUGAGGGACUGGGAGAAGACCCUGGCCAGGAUGAAUGAAGAGAGGGAAGAUGUAUCGAGGAAACUGAAUCAAAUGCUGGCCAAUGACGUGUUCUCAUAUGUGGAGGAGGCUCUGGGGAAAGGGACUGGAGGGUGUGUGCAGGACUUGGAUUUUCUGGGUUCAGUUUCUGGGUCGAUUAACAGUUCGUCCAUCCAAGGACAGCAUCCUGGGUCUGGGUUUUCAAAAAAUGAGUGCCAGCAAGGGACAGACAUAACAUCUGGCUUUGCAGAGCACACGCAGCUGGGAGAUGGUCCUUGUGGUGUUGGUUGUUUGACUGGACUGAAAAGUCCUUCUCAUGUUGUACCUCACCCAGAGUGUCUUAACGCUCACCAGGGACACACCUCUUCUCUGUGGCCUUCAAGCAGCAAUUACCACUCUGGCAACCAAAUGAUUCCAACACAAUCCUGCCAAGCUGAAGUGACACAACACUCGUGGUUUCCAGCUGUUCAUAACACCAACAACUUCCAUAACAGCAGCCAUCAAUCUGGCUUGAACCAAAGUGUACAAUACACGGGUUCACAUCAGACUUACAUAGGGCCACAGCUUCAGAGCCCAUCAGUGUGGCAACAACAGCCGCUGCCACAGAGUUUUCACAAUCGCACACUGACACAUUCCUCAACCACACCAGGAGGCGUGAACUCAACAGCUCAGUCGUUCCACCCAGAAAAGCAGAGCUUGUACGGCAGCUGCAUGUAUGAAACAAGGGACGAUCGCAUACCAAACGCUGCUACUGUUCCUACUGGACAGAACGGGCCCCUCCUGGGACCUUCGUGCUCCGGAGGAAGCACAAGCGCUGCCUUGUCCAUGCCCCAUCUGGGCAUCGCUGUCGGAGUCUUCAACCAGGGGAGGAUGCAGUCGUCUGCGGCUGGCUGUACAGAUGUGGGCAACAUCAGCUCAGUAUACCCGAGUGGAGACAACUCUGGCCUGGGAACAACUCCAUCAGAAUAUCCUCCUGAAACCGGAUCAUAACAGUCAGAAACAAUGAAGCUCAGAUCCCCAAAGUUCCCCCUGAACGGAGCAGUUGACCCGUUUGCCCUCCGUUCCUGCUGGGAGCGUCAACCUUUCCCAAAACA